AUGGCUACAGGUGGAAAUGCUGAUCCACAACAAUAUACACGUGUAUCAGAUAUUGCCAAUGAAUCGCAACAGAUGCUCAUGCCAAUUCGAGGGUAUGAAAAAAUGCCAAUAGUGCCAUUGGAAGAAGCUGUUACACCACUUAUCUCGAUUUUACCUGAAAUUCAAGAUUAUACUUAUGUUGCGAAACAACGAUGUAAAUCCGUACCUCCCGAUGAUUUAACACAGGAUGAAUCAGCGUCAAUCAUGCUUUACUCCAUGGAAUGGAAACCGCAUAAAGAAUGUUUAUAUUUUGCCCUCAAUACAGCUCUUCGUACCGAAGACAGGCGAACAUUAGAACCAUGGUUUUCGUAUUUGAAACUUAUUCUUACAGGACUCGAAAAAUUACCAUCCACACGAUGCCAUGUGUUUCGUGGAGUGAAUUUAGAUUUAACUAAUCAAUAUACUGCAGGAAAAACAUUUAUCUGGUGGGGAUUUUCUUCAUGUACAACGUCAAUAGGGGUACUCGAAAACAAACAAUUCUUAGGCAAAACUGGUCAAAGAACAUUGUUUACUAUCGAAUGUGAUAGUGGCAAAGAUAUCAGUCGUCAUUCGUAUUAUCAAAAGGAAAAAGAAGUUCUUCUUCUACCUGCUCGACAAUUUAUUGUAGAAAGUUGCCUUCGACCAGCACCAGGCCUUCACAUGAUUCAACUAAAAGAAACAAAGCCUAAAAUUACUCUUUUACAACCGGUUUUCAAUCAAUCUGUACAGAUUAAACCAGCACCGAGAGAAAUUCAAACAAAAAAGAAUAAAUUUCAACAAUUUGCAAUUACUGUUGCUGGAGGAAAUGGAAAAGGACAGGAAUUAAAUCAAAUUUCUAAUCCUUAUGGGAUCUUUAUUGAUAAUAAUAAAUCAAUUUAUAUUGCUGAUUUUUAUAAUCAUCGUAUUGUUAAAUGGAAAUUGAAUUCGAUUAAGGGUGAGAUCAUUGCAGGUGGAAAUCAAAAUAAUCAAUUGAAUUAUCCAACAAAUAUAAUUUUUGAUCAAAAAAAUAAUUCUUUUAUUAUUUCUGAAUGGCAAAACAAACGAGUAAUUCGAUAUUUUGGUCAAAAUCAAACAAGUCAACAAAUUAUUAUUUCAAAUAUUGAUUGUUGGGGUUUGACAAUCGAUAAAAAUGGAUUUAUUUAUACUUCUGAUUGUGAAAAUGAUGAAGUAAGACGAUGGAAACAAGGAGAUAAAAAAGGUGAAUUAGUUGCAGGUGGAAAUAGUAGAGGGUAUCAUCUUAAUCAACUCAAUGAUCCUACUUAUAUCUUUAUUGAUAAAGAUCAUUCUCUUUAUAUAUCAGAUAAAGAAAAUAAUCGUGUAAUGAAAUGGAAAAAAGAUGCAAAAGAAGGAAUUAUUGCUGCUGGUGGAAAUGAUAAAGGAAAUAGUCUCAAACAACUGAAUCACCCUGAAGGAGUGAUUGUUGAUCAUUUGGGCCAAAUCUAUGUGGCAGAUUGUUGGAAUCAUCGAGUAAUGCGUUGGUGUGAAGGAGAUGAAGAAGGUGAAGUUGUUGUUGGUGGAAACGGUAAAGGAAAUCAACCAAAUCAGUUGAAUUAUCCCAUGGGUUUAUCAUUUGAUAGUGAAGAAAAUCUUUAUGUUGUUGAUUAUGAGAAUCAUAGAAUUCAAAAAUAUGAAAAAAUAUGA